UGCGUAGACAAACGCACCUUAUAUACUAUAAUUUUUUUGAGAAACAAGUCAAAAACAGAAAAGCUAAAGGAAUCCUAGUCUGCUUAAAUUUCCGGAUUAUCCGAUAAGAACAGUUCGUUUAGAAUUAGAAAAGGAGAGGAGCAAAAGGUAAGAAGCUAUUUAAAGAGAGCGAUAUAUAAGAGUGCAUCCAUUGUGGAUUGAUAUUACGAAACAUGGGUUCAUCAAGCUCUCGCCCGCGUGCCAAGAACAACCAUGGAGGAGAGCAGAGAAGUGCAGCAGGCGCUUCCGAACCGCCUAUUCAAAGAUCAGGGAAUCAGAUUUCGUCAUCAAAUCAAGAUAAAACAAAUAACGAACAACCAUAUCAGCAACAGUUGAUGAGGUCUGAUGAGGCCAAUGUAAUGGCAGCAGAAAGUUUUUCUGAAAUAACAAUCAGUGGGAAUGCAACUCAAAGGACUGAACCACUGCACACAGAAAGCAAGAAUGAGAAAAUGGUUUCUUCAACCCACAAGGGUGACACUACACCACAAAAGGAGACUAGGAGAACUGAUGCACAGCCUUUAUCUGGUGAUUUAGAUGAUAAAGAAUGUCCUAUCUGUUUGGAAGAAUAUGAUAUAGAAAACCCAAAGUUAAUUCUCAAUUGUAGACACCACUACCACAUGCAGUGUAUCCUUCAGUGGAUGGAAAGAAGUGCAACUUGCCCUACUUGUAACCGAGUAAUGACUUUCGAUGAGAUCUUUUACAACCAGCAAUAUUGACCGAUACCAAGGAUGUAUUUGGCAAGAAAGACGACAUCCCUUGCACAAGUAGUGAAUGCCACCAAUAAUUCUAUCUUGUAAGGACUAAAGUCCAAUCUUUGCAGAUGUUUGGCUUGAAAAGAUCAACAGGGCAUCCUUUUUCUUUUUGUUUUUUGUUUUUUGCUUACCAUAUUUAAUCUUUGAUGCAGCUUUAUAGUAUUGGUUUCCUUUGAAGCAGAGAUCAAAAAAUAUAUCAUUGGCAAAUCAUCAAGAAAAUGAUAUAUGAUUUAAGCA